GGAUAUGUACGUUACGUAAAUUUGUUUACAAAUUUCCCCUAAAUACACGACGCAAGGGGCCAAUCAACAUUUACACUUUAUUUACGCUUUCUUUCGCUUUAUCUCUCCUUGUUUGCCUCUGUUUCCACUUUAUUGGUUGCUUGAGAUUGCUUAAAAUAUUUAAAUAUUUUAAGCAAAACAAAUAUUUUUCCUUGUCAGCGUCAAAUAGUAACGAAAAGUGUUAAUUUGUCUAAGAUAUCCCUCUCAAUUAUUCCGCUUUUCAUUCUAUUUGGUGUGUAAUUCCGAGUCAUUGGACUGUUUGAUGAUUGUGGUUUCUAUUCUGAGACUGUUCUUCAAAAAAGUUCCCUACAAAUUUUCUAUUGCUAGUGUUCUGACAAGCAUUUGAAAUUAGUAGACAUUUCUCAACUUAAAAUUGAAAGUUUUGGCGGUCACAGUUUCUUAAAUCACAGAACAAAACUGCUAUAUCUAGAAAUACUCAGUUAACAGAUCAUCAUAUUUCAGUAUUAGAGGAAACGAUCUCUACAGUCUAUCUCUAUUUGUUAGAAGUUAUCCCAACAUACUACUUCCGUAUACUACCGAUACAACUGUAGUUAUACUGUUCCCUUAUUCGCUAGACAUAGUAUUACCAAUCAGUAUUUAUUCAUGUGUAAUUCUUCAGUGGCACGAAAACUCCGUAUUCGAUAGUAAGACUAGUCUAGUUUUAUGCGGGUAUCCUGAGCUGAAACAUUUGAUACAAAACGUCUUCCGGAGCACGGAAAAUGUCAUUCUGUAUGUUAGGAUUGUUCACACCAGUAACAGAUGACAAAGAAGACUAUUUAAGAAAGCUGGUACUAAACAAAACGGAAUUUAGUGCUAAACGUGAUGUAAAACGAUCCGACAUACUAUGGCAAUCAGCACCACGAUGCUAUUUUUCAUUGUGUAAUCUCGCUGUGGUCAUCCGGCUAGUUUUCAGAACUCAACAUUUAUCAGUCGCGAAAAGUCAGCUAAGUUUCAAACUUCUUUUAUUUCGUGAAGCUUUAUCUUUUAGAUUAGUGUCACACAUCGGUGGGUUAACUAAUUUUAUCACAGUUUUUAUUUUUUCGUAGCGAAAUAUCUCAUAUAAUUAUCCAUAUGUAGCAUAAAAUGACUUAAGUUCGAUAACAGUUACAGAAAUGCAGUUUCUUUCAAACAACUACAUGAUCACUAUCACUUUUAUACUUCGAUAUUCAUACAGCCACUUCCUUUUAAAGUAUACCAUUGAUAUCACUUUAAGUUGUAUAAUGUAUUUCAUUUAUUUAUUUGAGAACAUACGAGUGUACCAGAGCUUAGACGUAGUCAUAGUUUAAUUCGUAUAUAUAACUAACGUUUUACCAAAGGUCACUCAGUCAUAAUUGUCUUCGAUUUUGGUUCAAGUUGCUACUAGCCAGUAACAGGCAAUCGCCAAAAUAUUUAUGGCGAGCGAUCAGAUUUACCAGCUCACCAGCUUGGAUUUCCUAUUUAAAAUUAACAGAAGUAGUCAUAUCGAGUAAUAUCAUCUCUCUUUUUGGCUUCUAAAGUGUGAAAAAUUGUUCACGUUCACCACAAAAUGAGUCAAAAAUACAAUCACGAGAAGAAUGUGCCUAGCAGAAGAGAAAUUUGUGAAUGGGAUGACAAUGUUGUCGAUACUAAACCUUUCAGUCAAAACAGUCCUCGUGAUAAAUUUGUAAAAGGUAGCAGUCAUCGAAGUGAUUUAUCAAAAAGUUACAAGGAAUCCGUUCUCUCUGAUAACUGGUCAGCAACAAACCGCGUCUCAUCAAAUGGACAUGAAACUUGUGAUGAUUUUGAUGAUAGUAACGUUGAAGGUCUCGUGAGUGAUGAUGACAAUGACUUUGAUGAAGAUGAUGAUGCAGAAGAUGAGGACUGGGUUGCUUCCGAUUAUGAGAAAAAAGUAGGUCAAUUUUGGUUAUUUAUACUUAAAACCCCAAUGUUUUUACAUCGUAAGUGUGAUCUUAAAUGUACAUAGCAGGUCGAAAGAAAAUUUCUUGUUUUGUGGCUGUAAUAAGAUGUAAUAGUACAGUAUGUUAUGCUAUUCCUUUCUCAGGUGUUCAACUAUACUUGUUUGAGACAGAUAUAAUCAGUUCGUUACAUUUCACACGAAAUCAUGAAGGAAAGUUGGCCUGAAAAGGAACAACUGGAUGGGGAUAUUAUUUCAGUUAGAAACUGCUUUAGUCAAUUAAUCUGGUGUCCAAAUUUUGUAAAGUUACUUACGUGGGUUUAUUGAGUUUAAUUUACUCACGUUUUAGCAUAUACCUCUUAGUAAGUAUAGCGUCCAAAAUAUUAUUUUGUAACAUGUUUCACCUUAACAAUCUAGCAUCAGAAUUAAACCCAAUCUAUCGACAGUUGAAUGUUCACAUUUGCUUUGGAUUGAAGGAAAGUUAGCGAUAAUCAUUAUAACGAUGUCUGACAAAAAAGUAUUGGAUGAAUUUUAACUAGAAAAUGUACAUCUUUCCCAUUUCGCAAAACAUUUUGUGCGUGAUAUGCUCAAUUGUAUUCAUUUAGGCACGCUAAAUCUAAAUUCAACACGUCCUAGUCGCAAUUCUCGAACACAACUCACUGGUUCACGUAAAAUUGGAAAUAGUUGCAGUUCACAUCGCAAAAGUUCACAUGGAGAUCGUUCUCAACGUAGAAUUGGCAGCAGUUUGCCAAGGACAGCUGCUUACAAUCCAGGGAGUAAUCGUAUUGUUUCUUCCAAUAAAUCUUCCAAAUCCGUUGGUCGACCUAGAACUGUUAAUCGCUAUCAAGGUGGAAGUGCUAGGACUGUUCAUGCAUCAUCUGGUCGUAAGAUUGCUACACGUCGAGUUGAAAAACCAAAGACAAAUAAUAGCAACCCACGAAAAGUAUUUGAUUCACUAAUACCUAACGAACUAAAAAAGCCUCGACAAUGUUUCGGUCCUGGAUGCACUCGAGCUGCAGCAAGACCAGAUACAAAAUAUUGUUCAAAUGAAUGUGGACUUAAACUUGCCAUCAAGCGCUUAGAAACUCUACUACCAGAAAGUUUUCAUGCUUGGUAUCCUGACUUGUUUACGAAAGCUGGAACGGCUCUUUCUGAAUUAGAAAGGCUACCGGAUUGUAUGGCUACCGUUAUUGACAAAUUGCGUCUUAAAGAAAUUAGUAAGGAACAGUGUGUAGUACACAAUCGGUUGGUUGAAUUAGAAAUGGAGCAUCAAAAGCUUACGGCACUUAUUAGUCGAGCUCAAGAGCGAAAAACUGGACGAAACAAUGAACAAAUGCUUGCUGCGGUUGCUCACGACGCAGAACAAGUAGAACAGAUGGAACCCAUCAUAUGUGUUACGUGCUCAGCUGAAAUCAGUAUGCGACAUGCUCUGAAGCAUAUGGAAAAAUGUUUUCAAAAGAUGGAAGGAAACACUGUGUUUUGUGCUAAUCAAAAAGAGCAAAUCAUGGGUACACCAUUAUUUUGUGAUGCUUACGACUCACAGGCUAGAGCGUAUUGUAAACGAUUACGUGUAGUCUGUGAGCAUUAUAAAGAACCGAAGCUACCUGCAGAUACAGUAUGUGGAUCACCGCUUGUUCAUAAUGUCUUUGAAGAAACUGGUGAAUUUUGUUGUGUACCGCGCAAUAAGUGCACUAAACACUUUGGUUGGGAACGUCUACGUCGCGCGAAAAUAGAUUUGGAACGAUAUCGCUGUCUAAUUCAAAUGGAUGAAUUAAUGCAAGAGGAACAAAGACUACGACGUGCCAUAUCUCAACGUGGUGGUGUACUUGGCAUUUUGCUACACCAAACUAUUGAUCAUAAUCCUGAAAAACCAGUUCCCAUCCCAGGAGAAUUAAAAACAUCUUUGAAAGAUAAAUAAAGAUCAGAUACUUGACAUUUCUAAAAAAAUUAAUUUGACUGUACAUAACAAUAGAAUUUAUUUGUUUCUUUUGUACAAAAUGUUUUUUCUAUGAUCUUAUUGCUUUUUCUUAAAACAUAAUUUGCGCAUUAUACAUCUUUCUCCUAUCCA